AUGGCAGGUGGACGCUGGGCGCACGCGGUGCUGCUCGCGGCUGUGUGGGGGCUGCUUCACGCCCGGGAACCAGGUCUCGGACACCAGGUAGUCGACUACUACGCGGACCCGGUGUCUGGGUACGUGGCGGACGUGCACUACGUGACCUCAGCGGGCCCUGCCGUGCUCGGACCGGCCUUCCUUACCCUUCCCCCUGACACACCGGCCGUGCCCCGGCGUCCGCGGCCGGACCGGCCGGCGGGGGAGUCCCGCCAACGGUCUGUACGCCCCCAGCCGGCCAGGCCGGCGGAGCGGCCGCGCGGGUACCAGGGUCCUGGCUCCGCUGACGGCUCCAGCCAGGGGCCCGGUUUCACACGUCAGGGCCCAGGCCACACCGCCCACCCGGGUACACCCCUGGGCUCGUCCCCGAGCAACCAGGCGUGCCGCCGAGAGACGGAGCUCUGCCUCUUCCUCCCGACCAGCGAGGUCCGCAGGGACCAGACGCCGUGGACCGGCGGGGCGCGGGUGGCGACACCUACGCCGGACUAUGUGUACGGACCAGGUGACGGUCGGCGUGUGCCCGGACGCUGGGAAGAUAUGACGUCACAGCUUGAGCGUCCUGCGGGGGAGCGAGCCGCGACCGUCCUGUCGAGCGAAGAGUACCCAGGAACAUCCAUGGUCUCCGUCGGCCCGCUGCGUGACGGAUCCGCUAUCAGCGGGGCAAGACCACCUCACCUGAACUCUGGCCUCGACUCGGCCACCACUGUCAGACCGUUUACUUACCUACCGACGCUGCCGGCGGCCGUGUUUCGUCACGUGACGCCCGCGGGGCAGAACCAAAUCGGGGACAGGGUCGUGACCACGACCCGGCCCGACUUCACCACGCGCCCCCCAGAGGAUGAGGUCACCACGUACCGGCCAGAAUUCGCCGAGUAUAUGAGCCUGUUCGCCACGGGCGGGUCUGCCGGUGUGAGCGCGGUGGACGGCGCGGGCUCGGAGAGCGCUUCCUCGCCGGAGCGGGCCGCGCAGGGCCGGCCCUUUGUGAACACGCUCCGCCCCGCGGAGGUCGCUCACCUGGACCUGAUGUUCGGGCGGCGGAUCGGGCCUCGCCAGACCCGCGCCUACGCCCCGACCCUCCGCCCGGUCAACCGGCCAGCCGGCGGCGGCUUCAGCGUUACGGAGAGGCGCCAGAUCCUCCGGCGUCGCGGCCGGAUCCUCAGCGACCGCCGCGAGGGGAAGGCGGUCCAGGAACCCCCUCCCUCAAAGGAUCACCUCCUGGCCGAGACUGGCGAGGGCGGACCCGCGCGGCGAGGCGUCACACCAUGGGAGGAGCGGCGACGACCGACACGCCUGCACGCCGAACCGCAACCAGGGCGGCGCCACCCGCAGGCGCGGACCGUUCUCGGGCGGCGCACUCUAGCCGUAGAGGAGCCGGUGCCUUCAUCUGCGGUGCCCCCGCUGGAGCUGAUGAAGACGACGACCAGCACGACGUCGGCGCCACCGUCACUGCGCUGGCCCGGCCCGGCCAACGCCGGCUACAUCCAGAGCGUGCACUGGAUCCAGCGCUUCCUCCCGCUGUUCCAGAACGCCGAGAGGCGGCCCAGGGCGCUCCCGGUCCCGCGUGCCAGCUGA